AUGUUGCCUUCGGGUUCUUCAACAGCCGCAACACAGGAGGCUUCUUGGCUUUGCAUAUUUUCCUUUGCAGACUCGUAUCAUUUGAGAGGGCCACCGUACUGCCAAUUGAGCACGCUUCGCCAUCUUUUUGUCUUCCAAUUUGCAGACUUGGAAUUUCGUUGUGCUGAAGGUGGGUUGGGCACAAAGCAGUUGGGAUUUUGA